CAGUAGAUAGAAGUUUGACCUCAUGACCAACUGCUUAGACCAAACCCUCCCAAUCCUCAAAAGUUCUAUUUUCAAAGGAAAGGCUCCACUCUUUAACCAACUUUUUCACAGCAAAUGUCAAUGCCUCUUCACUGUGGAUUCUUCUUCUUCCUCAUACUAUUUCUUCAACCCUCCAUCUCCAAAUCACUGAUCCCUCAGUUCCCAUGUCAGCCUCCUUACCAUAGCUCCUACCCCUUCUGCAACAAAUCUCUCUCUAUUCCUGCAAGAGCUCAAUCUCUCAUCUCUCUAUUGACCCUCCAAGAAAAGAUCUUGCAACUCGCAAAUAAUGCUUCGGAGAUUCCAAGACUUGGAAUCCCACCUUAUGAAUGGUGGUCUGAGUCUCUCCAUGGUAUUGCCACUAAUGGUCCUGGUGUCUCCUUUGAAAGUGGACCUGUUUCUUCAGCUACAGGUUUCCCUCAAGUUAUUGUAUCAGCUGCUGCUUUUAAUAGGACGCUUUGGUUCCUGAUUGGAUCAGCUAUUGCUGUUGAGGCUAGGGCAAUGUAUAAUGUUGGGCAAGCAGGGUUGACGUUUUGGGCUCCUAAUAUUAAUGUUUUUAGGGACCCCAGAUGGGGGAGAGGCCAAGAAACUCCUGGGGAGGAUCCUAUGGUGGCUUCUGCUUAUGCUAUUGAGUAUGUCAAGGGUUUUCAAGGUGGGGAUUGGAAGAUUGGUGGUGGUCAGGGAAGUGGUGGUGGAUUGGGAGAGAGAAGGGUGUUGAGAGAAGUUGACGAUGGGCUUAUGCUGUCUGCUUGUUGCAAACAUUUUACUGCUUAUGACUUGGAGAAAUGGGGCAAUUUCAGUAGAUAUUCCUUCAAUGCUGUGGUUACUGAGCAAGAUUUAGAGGACACAUAUCAGCCUCCGUUUCGUAGUUGCAUACAGCAAGGUAAAGCAAGUUGCUUAAUGUGUUCUUAUAAUCAAGUUAAUGGAGUGCCUGCAUGUGCAAGAGAAGAUUUCUUACAAAAAGCUAGAACAGAAUGGGGCUUUCAUGGAUACAUCGUCUCAGACUGUGAUGCUGUGGCCACGAUUUUCGAGUAUCAAAACUACACAAAAAGCCCUGAGGAUGCAGUUGCUAUUGCUCUUAAAGCAGGUAUGGAUAUUAAUUGUGGCUCAUAUGUGAUUCGCCAUGCUCAAUCAGCAGUUGAUCAGGGUAAGUUGCAAGAAGAGGAUAUAGAUAGAGCUCUUCUCAAUCUUUUCUCAGUUCAACUUCGACUUGGACUGUUUGAUGGGAACCCCAAAAAUGGGCAGUUUGGAAAUCUGGGACCUGAAGCUGUUUGUACUAAAGAGCACAAGACACUAGCACUUGAAGCAGCAAGGCAGGGCAUUGUUCUUCUUAAAAAUGAUAAGCAGUUCCUGCCAUUGAAUAAGACAGCUGUCUCUUCCCUGGCUAUUGUUGGCCCCAUGGCAAACAAUGCAACCAAUUUGGGUGGUGAUUACACAGGAUAUCCAUGUGAUCCGCAGAGCCUUUUUGCUGGACUUAAAUCCUAUAUAACAGAGACAUCUUAUGCAGUUGGUUGUCCUGAUGUUUCUUGUGAUUCUGAUGCUCAAUUUCAUGAAGCAAUAAAUAUUGCCAAAAGUGCUGAUUAUGUAGUUGUAGUUGCUGGGCUUGAUUUGUCUCAAGAAACUGAAGAACAUGACCGAGUUAGUCUUUUGUUACCUGGUAAACAAAUGGCUCUGGUAUCUUCUGUUGCAGCAGUUAGUAAAAAACCAGUGAUUCUAGUUCUUAUUGGUGGAGGACCACUUGAUGUAUCAUUCGCCAAACUAGACCCAAGAGUUGCUAGCAUUCUUUGGAUUGGUUACCCUGGUGAAGCUGGUGCAAAAGCACUCGCGGAAGUUAUCUUCGGAGAAUAUAAUCCAGGUGGAAGACUGCCAAUGACUUGGUAUCCUGAGUCUUUCACCAAGAUACCAAUGACUGAUAUGAAUAUGCGAGCUGAUCCUUUUCGUGGUUACCCUGGAAGAACCUACCGCUUUUAUACCGGACCUCGAGUCUAUGGUUUCGGGGAAGGCUUAAGCUACACCAGUUUUACUUACAAGUUCUUGUCAGCACCAAGCAAGUUGAGUCUUUCAGGAUCUUUGACAGCUAAUUCCAGAAAGAGAAUACUACAUCAGAAAGGUAAAACACUUGGUUAUAUACAAAUCGACGAGAUGAACUCUUGCAACUCUUUGAGAUUCCAUGUGCAAAUAUCUGUCAUGAAUGUUGGAGAUAUGGAUGGAAGCCAUGUUGUGAUGUUGUUCUCUAAAGUGCCAAAAGUUUUUAAAGGCACUCCAGAAAAACAACUUGUCGGAUUUGAUCGCGUGCAUACGAUUUCUUACACAUCUACUGAAACAAGCAUCUUGGUAGAUCCUUGCAUGCAUCUAAGCAUUGCAAAUGAGCAGGGAAAAAGAGUAAUGCCAUUGGGUGAUCAUGUCCUAAUGUUAGGGGAUUUAGAAUAUUUUUUCACCAUUGAAGCUUAUUGAUGCCACUCAUGAUUCAGAAAUGGCCACUGUGUUGAACAUGAAUGUGGUCUUAACAUGAUUUCAUAUUGUAUCAGAAGAAUAAAAGAUUUUCAUGCAGACCAUGGCCUUUGCUCCCA